CAAAAAUCAAUCAAUAAUACAUCAGUUCUCUUACAUGGUAUCAGAGCAAUAAGAUUUAGGCCUAUAUUCCUUUUUUUUCCGGCGGGCAGUCGGCUGGCACCCAUGCCUUUGCUGCCCGCUGGAAUUUUCAACACCUCCACAGAGUAUGGCUCAAUCCCAAGCUUACUUCCAUCAAACACAGAAGUUCCAAUUGCCACGGAUAGCCCACCAAAAUACCACCACCUUCUUCAACCCUUCCUGUCCGAACCGGCCUCCUCUCCUUCACUUCUCUCGCCGACAACGUCAAGUGGCGCUGAAGAGAAUAGAGAACAAGAUCAAUCGGCCAGUGACUUUCUCGAAAAGGCGUUCUGGGUUGCUGAAGAACGCUCACGAGAUCUCUGUCCUUUGCGACGCCGAUGUCGGUCUCAUCAUCUUCUCCGCCAAAGGCAAGCUCUUCGAGUACUCCACCACUUCCUGUAUGGAAAGAAUCCUUGAACGAUAUGAGAGAUAUUCAUAUGCAGAAAGGCAGCUUGUUGCAGCCGAUAUUGAUUCACAGGUACGCUGGACUCUGGAACACGUGAAACUCCAGGCCAGGCUAGAGGUUCUAGACAGAACCCAAAGGCAUUUUAUGGGAGAAGACCUUGAUACAUUGAGUGUCAAAGAACUUCAGAGUUUGGAGCACCAGCUUGACUCUGCUCUUAAACAUAUAAGAUCAAGAAAGAAUCAACUAAUGAAUGACUCCAUCUCCGAGCUUCAGACAAAGGAUAAGGCACUGCUGGAGGAAAACAAAUUGCUUGCAAAGAAGAUUAAGGAAAAGGAGGGGAAGGCUCUUGCCCGACAUGCACAAUUGGAGCAGCAAAACCAAGACCCAGCUCAGAUUCGGUUUACACCUCUCUCUCUCCGCAAAACCCACCAUUUAAUUAUGAGAAAAACUUCCACUGUCCUGGCGAAUACCUUGAAAGCAAAAGGAUGCAUUUCCAAAGAGUUAAAUCUAAAGAAACUGGAAGAACAACACUACACUGGAAUACCAACAAAAUCUAAAGUUAUUACGGAUGGGAUUCUGAACAUUGUGAUAUCAACUGAUUGCAACAAUGAUAGCUCCAGAUUCUUCUUUGCACCACCAAUUAGACCUCCAAGCACGUAA